GGCAACUCCAUAUUCCAAACCCUACUUGUAUUUGCUAAUUUUAUGGCGGUUAAACAAACCCUAUAAUACUCGACGUAGGUUUCGUAACUUCAUAAUAUAUUCACAUCUAAAGCGAUCGAAUAACUCCAUCCAACAUUCAAUACUCUCUCGUCACCCUUUUUCCCAAUAUUCAAUCAUGCAAAUUUUUGUCAAAACCCUAACUGGCAAGUCCAUAACUCUUGAGGUCGAGAGUUCUGAUACGAUUGAUAAUGUUAAGACCAAAAUUCAAGAUAAAGAAGGAAUUCCCCCAGAUCAGCAGCGUCUGAUCUUUGCUGGUAAAUAGCUCGAGGAUGGCCGAACCCUUGCAGACUAUAACAUCCAGAAGGAGUCUACUCUCCACUUGGUGCUUCGCCUUCGUGGUGGAAUGCAAAUCUUUGUAAAGACUUUGACAGGAAAAACAAUUACCUUGGAGGUUGAAAGCUCUGACACUGUCGACAAUGUUAAGACCAAGAUUCAGGACAAAGAAGGAAUCCCCCCGGAUCAGCAGAGGUUGAUCUUUGCUGGGAAGCAGCUCGAGGAUGGACGUACUCUUGCUGAUUACAACAUCCAGAAGGAGUCAACCCUCCAUCUUGUUCUCCGAUUAAGGGGUGGUAUGCAAAUUUUUGUGAAGACUUUGACAGGGAAGACCAUCACUUUGGAGGUUGAGAGCUCCGACACUAUUGACAAUGUUAAGACCAAAAUUCAAGACAAGGAGGGAAUCCCCCCAGAUCAGCAGAGGUUGAUCUUUGCUGGGAAGCAGCUCGAGGAUGGGCGUACUCUUGCUGAUUACAAUAUCCAGAAGGAAUCAACCCUCCAUCUUGUGCUCCGAUUAAGGGGAGGUAUGCAAAUUUUUGUGAAAACUUUAACAGGGAAGACUAUUACUUUGGAGGUUGAGAGCUCCGACACUAUUGACAAUGUUAAGACCAAAAUUCAAGACAAGGAGGGAAUCCCCCCAGAUCAGCAGAGGUUGAUCUUUGCUGGGAAGCAGCUCGAGGAUGGGCGUACUCUUGCUGAUUACAAUAUCCAGAAGGAGUCAACCCUCCAUCUUGUUCUCCGAUUAAGAGGUGGAAUGCAAAUUUUUGUUAAGACUUUGACAGGGAAGACUAUCACUUUGGAGGUUGAGAGCUCUGACACUAUUGAUAAUGUCAAAGCCAAGAUUCAGGAUAAGGAAGGCAUUCCUCCGGACCAGCAAAGGUUGAUCUUUGCCGGGAAGCAGCUUGAUGAUGGGAGGACCCUUGCGGAUUACAAUAUCCAAAAGGAGUCUACCCUUCACUUGGUGCUGCGCUUGAGAGGAGGGAUGCAGAUUUUUGUUAAGACCUUGACAGGGAAGACCAUCACUUUGGAGGUUGAGAGCUCAGACACUGUUGAUAAUGUAAAGACUAAGAUCCAGGAUAAGGAAGGCAUUCCCCCUGAUCAGCAGAGGUUGAUUUUCGCUGGGAAGCAGCUUGAGGAUGGGAGGACCCUUGCAGAUUACAAUAUCCAAAAGGAGUCUACCCUUCACUUGGUGCUCCGUUUAAGAGGUGGGAUGCAGAUUUUUGUCAAGACUUUGACUGGGAAGACCAUCACCCUAGAGGUUGAGAGCUCAGAUACUGUUGAUAAUGUGAAAACUAAAAUCCAGGAUAAGGAGGGGAUUCCCCCGGACCAGCAGAGACUAAUCUUUGCAGGGAAGCAACUCGAGGAUGGACGCACCUUGGCUGACUACAAUAUUCAGAAAGAAUCCACCCUCCACCUUGUCCUUCGUCUCCGUGGUGGCUUUUGAGUUGGUUAUGUGGGAUUGUUACUGUUUGGAAGGCUGCUGCUUAAGAUUUGCUUUGCUUUUAGUAGGUUAUGAUAAACAAUUUUUAGUUUAUGUUUUCUUAUUAUAGUAAUGAACUCGUUAAGUCUUUCUCAUCUAUGAAUAAAUAUAGUUUCUACACG